UCCAGGGCCCGGACUCGCUUCCCGCUCUCCUCCCCCGGCCAGCCAGGAAUCGAAACUGAGCCGGGGCCAUGCUGAAGCCGCGGUCGCCCGCCGGGUCCCCGGGGCCGGGACCGGGGCCCGAGCCCGAGCCCCAGGCGGAGCCCCAGCCGCCCCCCAGGCCCUCCCCCGGCGCCUCGCCCGGAGACCCCGGCCCCAGACCGGCGGAGCCAACCGUGGAGGAGGAGUUCCAGUUCCUGCUCUGCCAGGGCUGCCAGGCCCCUGCCAAGUGCCCCAAGCUGUUGACUUGCUUGCACACGCUGUGUUCCGGCUGCCUGGAGUCCCGGGGUCCGCGGUGCCCCACCUGCCACGCGUCCCAGCCCCCGGACACCGAGGACACGGCCCUGGACAACGUGUUCUUCGAGAGCCUGCAGCGGCGCCUGAGCCUGUACGGGCAGAUCGUGGCCGCCCAGGCCCUUUGCACGCGCUGCAAGGAGCCAGCCGCCUUCUGGUGCUUCGAGUGCGAACAGCUGCUCUGCGCCAAGUGCUUCGAUGCCCACCAGUGGUUUCUAAAGCACGAGGCCCGGCCCUUGGCGGAGCUCCGGGACCAGACCGCCCGCGAGUUCCUGGACAGCACCCGCAAAUCCAACAGCAUCUUCUGUUCCAACCCCAACCACCGCACCCCGGCGCUGACCAGCAUCUACUGCCGGGGCUGCAGCAAGCCGCUGUGCUGCUCAUGCGCGCUCCUGGACGCCGGCCACAGCGACCUCAAGUGCGACCUGGGCGCCGAGGUCACGCAGCGCCAGGAGGAGCUGCGCGCCACCGCGCAGGCGCUGCAGGAGCGGGAGCGCGCCUUCGCCGCCGCGCAGGCGCAGGCGCGCGCGGCGCUGGGCCAGCUGGGCUGCGCGCGCGCCGAGGCCGAGGCGCGGAUCCGCGCCGGCGUGCGCCAGGCGGUGGCGCGCGUGCGGGCGCAGGAGCGCGCGCUGCUGGAGGCGCUGGAGGCGCGCUUCGGGCGGGAGCGCGCGCGCCUGGCGGAGCGGCUGCGGCACCUGGAGGCGGUGCUGCAGCGCAUGCGCACGGGCGGCGCGCUGGUGCGGCGGCUCGAGCUGUACGCCUCGGACCAGGAGGUGCUGGACAUGCACGGCUUCCUGCAGCGCGCGCUCGGCCGCCUGCGCCGCGAGGAGCCCGGCGACCCCGCCGCGCCCCGCAGCUUCGCCCACCUCGAGGAGCGCCUGCAGCUUCUCGUCUCCGGCAUCACUAAUGCCCUGCUGUCCCAGGGAGCCAGCCCAGAGGCCGCUAGCGUGCCCCGGAAUUCUCUGGAUGUGGAGCUGCCCAGCGAGGAGCAGAGGACGGAAGCCCCGACCCCGAGCCAGGCCGAGACCCAGCCCGUGGCCGUGGAGCCGGCCGGGCCCGGCGGUGUCCCGCUGCCCAGCUACAGCUUCUGCGUGACCGGCCCGUCCUGCAGGGAGGAAGGUUCCAGAAUAAGCCCCCCCAAGAAGAGGAAGUCCUGCUAUAUCCAGUGCUCCAGCAAAAUCAUCAAGAUGGAAUCCGAGGGGGAGACAGAGGCCAGGCUGUCCACGGGCUCCCUGGAAACCCCCCGGUCCAGCAGCUCCUGGGCAGAGCCCCCUCCCCCCUUGGGUAGGGACGGCACCCCCAGCCCGGAGAGGCCUCUCCGGGGACAGGAGGCCUGUGCACCCCCGGACAACCACGUGACCAGCGAGGACUCAGAGCCAGGGGAGCUCGUCGUGGUCAUCAGCAGCUCCGAGGACUCCGAGGCCGAGGACCCGGUGAGUGGCCCAGAGGUCCUGCCUGGGAUGCCCUCGCGCGGGCAGGAAGUCCCGCCCUAGGCUCAGGGAGGGCGGGUGGCCGGCAGACGGGCCUCCUGCCGGGACGCCUCCAUCUAGCAUACGACCACGUCGAGCCACAGCUCCGGCUCUCUGGUGGCUCCUCAGUGAUGAGUCUCACGGGCUUCCCUGCCCGGGCUGGCUUUGAACCACUGU